AUGGCGGAGGCCGACGCGGAAGAGAACGUGUACCGUGAGGCUGUGGCGGAGUCGCCUGUUGCGCCCCCUAAUGGCGACAUUAACAUUGACGACCUGUUACCCGACGGUCCUCAGGGGAAUAUUCAAGGACAGGUUCGAGACGACAACAAGAGGCAGCACCCCUGCCUGGUGGAUUUCACCAAGCUGCCUGAAACUGAGAGGAACUAUAACCUGCAGAUGUCUAGCGAAACUCUCAAGACCCUGUUGGCAUUGGGAUGUCAUGUGACACAGACCAACGUUAACGCUGAGGAAGAUCUGAAGAAAGUCAAACUGCCCAAAGACUAUGUGAUGUCUAACGGGUACAAGCCAACGCCGCUGGAUCUUUCUGAGGUGAAACUGACGGCUGGUCAGGAGGUUCUGGUAGAUAAACUGGCGGAGAACGCUCACAACGUUUGGGCCAAGGACAGGAUCAAACAAGGAUGGACCUAUGGCAUUCAGCAGGAUGUGAAGAGCAGGCGAAACCCUCGUCUGGUGCCGUACGCUUUACUAGACGAGAGAACCAAGAAGUCUAACAGAGACAGUCUGAGAGAGGCCAUCAGGACACUGGUGGGAUAUGGCUACAACAUCGACCCCCCAGACCAGGAACCCUGUCAUAUCGUGGAGAGGCAGAGCAUUGAGACGAUCCGGUUCUUCCGCGUAGAGCAGACGUAUGCGGUGAAGACAGGGAAGUGGUACUUUGAGUUUGAGGCCCUGACCGGAGGGGACAUGAGGGUUGGUUGGGCUAGACCAGGCUGUAGGUCAGACUUUGACCUGGGCAUGGACGACCAGGCCUACGUCUUCGAUGGAUACAAGGGUCGUCGGAUGCACAUGGGGGCACGUUUCUUCGGCCAGUCAUGGAACAAGGGAGACGUGGUGGGCUGCAUGAUCAACAUGGAGGACAAGUCUAUGGUCUUCACCCUCAAUGGAGAGCUACUCAUCACUAACAAGGGAUCCGAGCUCUGCUUCGUUGACUUCGAGACAGAUGAUGGCUUCAUCCCAGUGUGUUGUCUGGCCCAGUCUGAGAUUGGCCGUAUGAACCUGGGGAAGGACGCCAGCACCUUUAAGUACUACACCACGUGUGGCCUGCAGGAGGGCUUCGAACCCUUUGCUGUCAACAUGAACCGUGAGAUCACCAUGUGGUUCAGCAAACGCCUGCCUACCUUCGUCAACAUCCCCAAGGACCACAACCACAUCGAGGAUCUGACUCUCUUCCCCUCUGAAUGUGAUUGUGACUGCUCCUCCUCUCUGAAUGUGAUUGUGACUGUCGCUUUCUGUGUGGACGCCCUCCUCCGAAUGUGA